AUGGGUGACCCUGAGGACGAAGUAGUCGAUAUGGACCUGGAUAGUGGUUCCGAGGCCGGUAAAAAUCUUGAUGCUAAAAAUUCCGAAACUAAUAAAGGUUCUUUUACACCGAAAUCUAUCCAACAUAAUCCUUUACCAUCUCAUCCAAAACUCAUUUCCUUCCGACUUUCUCCUAAACCAAACCCUUUCAAAUAUAAAAUAAGGGCCAAUUUUACCGUUAAUCAGGAUUCUUCAACUGUUCAAUCUCGUUCUGAUAAUCCUUUGUCCACUUUUGGCAAUAAACAUAAUAAUCAAGUCAAUUUCACAAAGACUAUUUCAAGUACUGAAUCUGUCGAAAAAGUUUUGCAAAAAGAUGUUAAAAUGGGUUUAAUUCAAGAUAUUAAACCUUCUGAUACGUUGAAUUCUAUUAAUGGAAAAGUUGAUAUUAAUAAUAAUGAUUAUGAAUGUUUGGAUAGAAUCGCUCAAUCAACUUCUACCAGCGUUGAUGAACAAAUUUGUCCUCAAAUAUCUUCUAUCGUUGAAUUAAAUAGUGACGUCAAUGAUAAUUUAUCCGAUCAAACUCUCAAUUUUCAAAAAAAGAAAGUCGAUAAGGGUAAACAAAGGGAAGUAUAUAACAAAGAAGAAUCAAUUCAGAUUUAUAAUCUGAAUAAUUCGGAAGGUGACCUUUAUUCAAAAAAUCCAAAAGAAAGUCUAUCAACUUCUUCUUAUCAGGAUGAUUUAAAACAAAUAACCGAUGAAUCGGAAUUAUCUAAAGAUGUUCUUGACCAGUAUGAAGUUCUUGAUAUUGCUUUAUACGAAUUUGAUCAAGCUGCUCAAAGAGCAUAUGAAGCGUAUCUUAGUUUGGAAAAGAUUUUACCUCCUGAAACAAUUAUUCGGAUAGAUCCUCCUACGAAUGAUAAGUGGCAAAAAAUAAAAGAAAUGAUGGGGAUGUCUAAGAAAAGAUAUAGGUUAAAUGGAAUUACAAAUGCGCAAUUAAAUACACCAUCGAGUACGCAAUCGAGAUCGUUAUCAAGUUCGUUAUCGAGUACGCAAUCGAGUACGCAAUUGAAUAAGCCAGCUUCUAAUGAAAAUUUCGCCAUAGAAUAUAGAGAUUCUAAGAAUACUACGAUUUAUGAUAAUAAAAAUGCGCGUGUAAACAAAACUGCUAUCAACACGAAUUCGGUCAACAACAACUCAGCGAGAACUAAUUUAGCGAACACGAAUUUGGUGAACACUAAUUUAGUGAGCCCCAAUUUAGUUAGCACUAAUUCUGCAAACACUAAAUUAGUGAACACGAAUUCGCCAUUUGAAGUCCCUCUUGAAGAAGACGAUUCAAUUACUGGAUCAAAGAAACAGAGUUCCAGAAAGGUAUAUAAUACUAGAAGCCAGAAACCGCCUAGAGCAAAUCUACGCAGUAAGACACUUACCUCUUUUGCUGAAAUCAACAAGUCGACAUUACAGUCAGGUUCAAAUACUGUUCGACGAAGAUCUACGAAGCAAGUUACACGAAGUCCUAAAUUUGUUAGAACUACUAGAAGCUCCACAAAGGAAAAAGAUGCUACACCCUCUUACAAAGUUAAAUCUAACACAAGAACUUAUGCUAGAAGGCAAAAUAAAUGUAUCCCCGAAAGCGUCUUGAACUUUACAGAUCUUACAAAUAUUCCUGAAAGCCAUGAACAAAGAAAACUAACUACCGCUUUUGGAUAUUAUUGCUUGGAGAUUUCCACCGUUCAAUUUUUUAGUAAGGGGUUGACUAGUCCAGAGUUUGUUGCUUUCGCUGCUGAAGGUUGGGCUAAAAUGACUGAUGAUCAAAAAGAAAUGUACGAGAAAAAAAGACGUAUGUUGAUUCAACAACUUAAGCAAAAAAAAGCUCUACCACGAGAUCCACAAAUUGAAUCAUCAAGAUCAGCGAGAAAAUAA